AUGGCCGAGGAUAAUAUUAUCAAUCGGAGAGGGGGUGAAUCGCUAUUCCAAAGCUGUGCGAGCCUCAAAAAGAGACUCUCGGAAGUCCCUGGUUUCGAGGCCCAUCUCGCAGAAAUGGAAGAGAUGGACAGAACUGAGGAUGCGAUAGACCCUGUUGCAUCUGUGUGGAGAUGCUUGAGGCAAGGAUACCCGCUGAUGGCUAUCUUCAACGCUUCUAACCCUGCAGAACCCCUUACUAUCGACACUGAUAAAGUACCUGAGGCCAGGCGACCGAAAGCGGCCACUUUCAAGUUUCUGCAAGCUUGCCUACAAGAUUUAGAGUUUCCACAACAAGAUUGCUUCCUUAUCACUGAUCUUUAUGGAGAAAGCACCACUGGCUUUGUGAAGGUCAUCAAAAUGGUCAGUCGAGUCCUAGACAUUCUCGAAAUGCGGGGACUGCUUUACCAGCCCUCUAUUGCGAGUGCUGGACCACGCCAAGGCGAAAAGGUCAAACUGACCCGGAAGGAGCAUAUUCUGAAAGAGUUGUUGGAAACCGAAAGAGACUACGUCCACCACUUACAGAAUUUGCAAGCGCUGAAAAAGGAAUUGGAAGAAACUGGGGCUUUAAAUGGCGACUCAAGCCACCAGAUCUUUUUAAACCUCAAUAACCUGCUCGACUUCGCCCAACGAUUCCUCAUUAGAAUGGAGCAACACAAUGCCCUGCCGGAAGAUAUGCAAAACUGGGGUGACCUAUUUAUACAGCACCAGGAAGGAUUUCGCCAGUAUGAACCUUUUAUUGCCAAUCAACUCCGGUGUGAUGCUGUAUGCCAAAGGGAAUGGGAAAAGAUCAAGGCCGCUCCACGGUCUGCUGACUUCCAGCAAAUGGUGGCACAGCCAUCUACACUCAACGGAUUUUUCGUUAAACCAUUUCAGCGCUUGACAAAGUACCCCCUGAUGCUCAUGGAACUUAAAAAACAAACCGAUCGUGAAGACCUUGUAGCCGAUGUUGCCACCGCUAUCGACAUGGUCCAAACGGUUUUAGACCAAGCUAAUCAUGCAGUUGAUAAGGAGCACCUUGCCAACGCCGUUGAAGACCUCGCUUCCCGAGUUGAUGAUUGGAAAGCGCUUAAGGUUGAAGUAUUCGGGGAACUACUACGAUUUGGCACUUUCACUGUGUUGAAAGGCGAUGGAGGCAGAGAUACAGAAAGAGAGGUUCCUCUAGCUCUAGGAGACAUGACCCGUUUACCUUACAAUCCAACGUUUCCAUGGAAUGCAUUUCCUCGUAUCUACCAGAUGGCAUUAUUUGCGAUGCACUUCAGUCUCCGUGCACCUCACCAUCCCCUGGUUCACUAUCACAUCUAUCUUUUCGAACGCAUACUGCUUUGCUGCAAAGAUGUGAAUCCCAACAAGCAAAAGACGAAGCUGAUGAGCAAAGACAAACCAAAUGCUGCUCCAAAGGGAAAGCCACGACUUCAAUUAAAAGGCAGAAUUUACAUGGCCAAUGUUACGGAAGUCCUAUCUGUGCAAAAACCAGGAUCAUACAAAAUCCAAAUUUUCUGGAAGGGUGAUCCAGGCGUUGUUGACAACUUUUCCAUUCGGUACCAAAACGAGGAUACGAUGCGUAAAUGGUGCAAAGAUAUUGACACACAACGAGCCAUUCAAAAUGAAGAGCGGGCUACACGACACACAGGGACAUCUGAAACGGAGUUCACCUACCUCAAGAUGGGCCCUAAAAUUCAGAAUCCGUAUCGGGAGGAGUACGAAGCAGAGGAGGAGCUGGUCCGGGAGAGUAAUACUUUUUCAGAUUUUUCAGUAUCACGGAAUGCCUCAAGUACAAGCUUGCGGGCGCGAUCUGCCACGGGAGGCAGUAGCAGUUCAGGUCCAAUCUCAAUCCGGCCUCCACGAUUUCCCAUGCCGGAACCACCACUUUCGGUUUCAACGCAAUUUGCUAACGGGGCAAUUUCUCCCGGAGAUCGGAAUGGAAAUUCGUACUUUUCUCCAGUCACAGACACUACUUCCACGCGAUCAAGUUCUCAGUCGACCAUGUUUUCGUACUCCCGUCAAGGCACACCUUCAACGCCAUGGACUGAGGACUCCAAUCGGUACACUGCACCUGCCAUGCCAAGAGCCGCGUCAAGAGACGGGACUACAUCGAACCCAUAUUUCAGCAACAAUAAUCCGCGAAGCGCCCAACGUCCUUCACUUCCCCCGCUCUCUUCGUCCCACCAUAGCCAAUCCAGCGGGAUUUCCCAGGCCCGAAUGCGGUCUGCAAGUAGCCCUGAUAUCCACCACAACUCCAAUAUACCCGAAUCCCGCCGUCAUGUUAAUGGGCAUUCUAUGCAGACUGUUGAUAACGUGCCUGUGCCCCCCAUCCCUGCUCACAUGGCUAGUAUGAUAGCACCUGUCAAUCGCAGCCAAAACAAUUCUCCAAUAAACAACACUCUUCCUAUUCGAGCUGCCACCCAGUCACCGGGAAUGCAACAACGCCAUGGACUACCAUUAAAUCAUUUUCCCGACCCCCGCUCGCAGCCGCCGCCCACAUCGAAUCCAAUGCACUCUGCCAUUUCCUCUCCUGUGAAUCAUGGGGGUGAACAAGAACUUUAUAUGCCCAGCCAAUUGAAAGCAAAAGUUAACUUUGAUGACAAUUAUGUCACUCUGGUUAUUGCAAGUAACAUACUCUUCCGGUCCCUAAUAGAUCGCGUAGAUGCAAAGCUUGCUCGAUUCACCGAUAGGUCGAUUGGGAACAAAUCCGUGAGACUGAGAUAUCGCGAUGAGGACGGGGACUUUGUCACGAUCGAUAGCGACGAGGCCGUUCAACUUGCCUUUAUGGAAUGGCGCGACCAGCACAAAAACAUGUUGGCCAAUGGUCAAGUGGGAGAAAUCCAACUCUUUUGCCAACCGGUCGAAAAUUGA